AUGAAUCAACAUAAAAAUCUUAUGGUAAACUAUUUAUCAAGUCACAAGUCUACGCCACCAAUCUCAGGAGAUCGCAGGACGAGAAGAACACCAAGUGACACAAGUUCAAAUAUUAGGAGACCAGCUAACCGUCCUCGGCAGGGGUUACAAAACUCAUCAAAACAUUUGUCAAGGACACCACAAAGGAAGGCAACUAUUCAUGAGAUUCCAGAUGAAGUACUUUUGAAAGUAUUCAGUUUCUUUGGCGCCCAAGACUUGAUUUUAGUAUCACAAGUUUGUCAGCGAUGGAGGAACUUAGCCAAUGAUAAUUCCUUAUGGAGGCCAAUAUUUUUGAAGUAUGCUCCGAAAAGUGGAACUGAAGCUUCAGGAACUGGAAGUUUAAACUCUCUGUCUCAACUCAAGACAGCGUGCAUCAGGAGAUGCAUUGAACAGAGGAACAAGCGAGUGUUCAGGUAUCUGCGAAAGAAAAGUCCAUACACAGGAAUUGCCCAGCAGCGAGAUGUGGAGAAAGCCUUGACAGACUCCUGUGUAUUCUGGCAGCUGGCAUUUGUGGAUGCCAGUAACAAUGAAGUAUGUAUACAGAGUCGUGACUUGUCCAUCCACACCAUGGCUGCCUCCGUCCGUUGGUACAAUUUUGACAGCCAGUCACUACAGUCCACUAAGGCCAUCAGGAUAUACUCAUGCAAUCCAAUUUUCUUUGAUACAAAGAAAGGCUGUGCUGUCAAGGACAGUCCUUACCAGAGGUCAUUGUUAAUGACCUUUCAGUUGAAAUGGAGUUCCUGGGUGGGAACCAACAAACCAGUAGGAGAAAAUGACACUAUCAAUAUCUAUUCUCUCCCAAGAGGAUUGGCGAUAGCAGUUUGGAAGGAUGGAGGAGAAGUGGCCUUUGUUUGUGUUAGUUUUCACUUACACCACCUGGUGGACAGAUGUUUGAGAGGGAACUCUGUCGAACCAUUCUGUCCCCCACUGCCUCCUGUUAUUACAGACGAUAUUGAUUCCGCUUUCGGUCUGCAUGGUUACAAUUGUACUGUCCAGCUGAGGACGAUGAAGCAACAGAUUUGGGAUCAACAGUUCAGAGGUCUAAAUUGUCGCAGUAACCAUGGUGGUGGCUAUGCACAGUUUGUCCUGAUUGAACCCCAUGAACGUCAGAUCAUAAAUAAGGAAAUAGUGUUUCCCUGGAAAACAGAGGCAUUCAAAGGGAAAGUUCAGAAUGCUUGCUGGCUUGACAUCACCGUGAUAGACGAGACUGGGGACGUGUUCUGGGCUGCCAGUGCCCUGGUGAAUUCCAAGGCAACCUCUAGAGUUGGAGCCAGCUCUCUUGACUUCGAGUACUGUGAUGAUGGUGCACGCUCCAUUGAUCUGAUCGAUGAGGUGGGGAAAUUUCACAUGGAAUUUAGUCAGACAGACGACCGUGAUAUCUACAUUACUCAAGCCAUAUUAGGCCUCACAUUAAAGGCAAUAAAUGCACGAUUUAGCUCCAGCUACAGGUGACAGAUCCAUAUCUAGAGGUCAAACUGCAGAGUCUUUCAUCAGAAACUAAGAGAUGUCUUCCCUUGGGCGAAAGAUGCCA